AUGGGAGUAAGAAUCAUAACCUAUAGCUCUUCAAUAAGUUUACCUCCAACAAUCUUUAUUAGAAACACUCUGUUUCGGAACACACAAAUGAAGCUUUCAUAUACCCAUGUUCACUUUAUAGACGCCCCAGAAGCCAUUGCCGUCUGUGACAUACUAGUAGUGGAUGGAAACAGUGUUUCCGUAGACACCCUGGAUGAAUUGAAAAAAGUGCAUCCAAAAACAAUUCUGUGGUGCAAGGACAUUGUAAACGAUGCAACGUGGUUUCUAGAGAAGUUUGGCGAGGCUGUAGACAGAAGCUAUGUUGUAGUAAUCAAUGACGGUGUGAAUGUUGAGGAAAGGGAUGCCGAAGACUAUCCACUGCAAAAACUGCCCUUAGAUCCAAGGCUAGAGUCUGAAGAAGAUCUUGUAGGAGUCUAUUUAGAUCGUAAGUUUAGUAAUUUGGAAAAAAGAAAACCUGUAGAAAGCAUAUUUAGUAGGCUUCAUCUAUCAAGAAAUCAAUGA